AUGAAAUUGAUGGUUAUUCUUUUGUUUGGCGGUGCAAUGAUUCUAUUUUUCUGUCGUUCUCCUAAAAUGUUCAUGGGGUGGGGCGACUAUCUUGAAAAAGUUUUUGAUAGACCUGCCAAAUUUGUUCGGGACUCAGCUUUAGCUUCUGUGGUGAUCUUCCUUAUGUUCCUUUUUCCAUCAAAUCUCUUAUUUUUCAAAAACUUUACGGCAAAGUAUCACGAACAAUUGCCGAAAGAACCCUUAAGCUCAGUGCUCAUCUGGAAAAAAAUGAACGAAACUUUACCAUAUGGCUUCAGUUUCCUUUUAGGUGGAGGUUUUGCUCUUUCGUCAGCUGCUAAGAAAUCCGGCUUAAACGAGAAAAUUGGAGAACAAUUACAAAAUUUAAAAGAUCUACCCAACGUUAUAAUUAUAUUGCUAAUUGUCAUCGUUGUUGUUUUUGUAACGAACUUUGCAUCGAAUGUCGUUGUUUGUAAUGUGUUCGUGCCCAUUGUGAUGCAGCUGGCUAAAGAAAUAAACCGGAACCCAUUUUGGUACGCAUUGACGGGAGGUAUAAGUGCUUCGUUUUGUUACAUGUUGCCUGUGGGAACACCCGGCAAUCUGAUUGUGAAAAGUGCCGCCAGUAUACCAACUAAGAAAAUGUUAAUUGCCGGUUUGGGACCAACAGCUUGUGCAAUUAUUUUCAUAUGGUUGUUCAUAUAUCUAUGGGGACCGGUUAUCUGGCCCGAUAUAGUUACUCUACCAGAUUGGGCCACAGCUCGA